UUUUCAUUGAAGCUGCUUCUCCCUCCCGGUCCACCGAAACAGACGGGAGCGAUGGAGGAAGAGUUAAAAUGCCCCGUUUGCGGUUCCCUCUUCAAGGACCCCAUCCUCCUGCCGUGCUCCCACAAUGUCUGCCUGGCCUGUGCUCGGAACAUCACCGUGCAGACCCCGGAGGGGGAGAACCCGGUGCAGAGCCGAGCCUCGGGCAGCUCUGACUACGACUACCUGGACAUGGACAAGAUGAGCCUGUACAGCGAGACAGACAGCGGAUACGGCUCCUACACGCCGUGCCAGCUCAAGUCUCCGAACGGGGUGCGGGUGUUUCCACCGGCCAACCACCACCGACACUGCUCCCUCACCUGCCCGCUGUGCCACCGGAGCGUCUCCCUGGAUGAGCGAGGGCUCCGGGGUUUCCCUCGGAACCGGCUGCUCGAGGCCAUCGUGACGCGGUACCAGCAGAACCGCCGCUCUUCCGCCACCUCUUCCUCCUCUUCUUCUUCCUCCUCUACGUCUUCCACAGUGGCGAAGUGCCAGCUGUGCGACCGCAACCCGGUGGACGCGACGGUCAUGUGCGAGCAGUGCGACGUCUACUACUGUAACGCCUGCCAGCAGCGAUGCCACCCGUCCCGCGGUCCGCUCGCCAAGCACCGCCUGGUGCCGCCGCCGAACCGAGCGGCGGGCGGAGGUGCGGCGAGCGGAGGCGGCGGCAGCGGCAGCGGCGGGCUGCUGCCGCCCGCGACCGCGCGGAAACCGGCGACCUGCGUGGAUCACGAAGCGGAAAACUUCAGCAUGUACUGCUACAGCUGCAAGGCUCCGGUGUGUAUGAAGUGUUUGGAGGAGGGGAAACACGCCAAACACGACGUCAAGACGCUGCCCAUGAUGUGGAAGCAACACAAGUGCCAGAUCUCCCAGGCCCUCAACGGGGUCUCCGACAAAGCUAAAGAUGCCAAGGAGUUUCUGAUCCAACUCAAGAACAUGCUGCAGCAGAUACAGGAGAACGGCGUGGAGUUCGAAGCUUGCCUCGUGGCCCAGUGCGACUCUCUGAUCGAGGCGCUCACCAGACAGAAAGCCAAACUGCUCACCAAAGUCACCAAGGAGAAGGAUUACAAGCUAAAGGUGGUGCGUGACCAGAUCACCCACUGCACCAUGAAGCUACGCCAGACCACCGGCAUGAUGGAGUUCUGCCUCGAAGUCCUCAAAGAGAACGAUCCCAGUGGAUUCCUCCAGAUCUCAGAUGCUCUGAUCAAGAGGGUCAUAUCAUCUCAGGACCAGUGGGUGAAAGGGGCCCUGGAGCCAAAAGUAGGCCCUGAGUUUGACCUCACCCUCAGCACCGACUCGCUGCUCCAAACCAUCCUGCAGCUGGACUUCUACCAGGGCAAAGUGGAGCCUGGAACCUCGGUGCCGGCGGCUCCUCUCCUGCAGCUGGAGAAGUGCUGCACCAGGAACAACAGCGCCACCUUGGCCUGGAGGGUGACUGCGCCCUCCGUCAGCACCAUCGAGGGCUACAUCCUGGAGCUGGACGACGGCAACGGAGGACAGUACAGGGAGGUGUAUGUGGGAAAGGAGACAGUGUGUACUGUGGACGGCCUUCAUUUCAACAGCUCCUACAAUGCCAGGGUGAAAGCCUACAAUGCUAUCGGUGUGGGGCCGUACAGCAAGACUGUGGUGCUCAAGACCUCUGAUGUGGCCUGGUUCUCCUUCGACCCCACCACAGCUCAUCGGGACAUCGUCCUGACCAAUGAAAACCAGACCGUGACCUGCAGCAGCUACGACGACCGCGUGGUGCUGGGAACCGCUGCUUUCUCCAAAGGCAUCCACUACUGGGAGGUCCGCAUCGAUCGCUAUGACAACCACCCUGACCCUGCGUUUGGCGUGGCGAGGAUCAACACCAUGAAAGACAUGAUGCUGGGGAAAGAUGACAAGGCGUGGGCCAUGUAUGUGGACAACAACCGCUCCUGGUUCAUGCACAACAACUCCCACACCAACAGGGCGGAGGGAGGAAUCGCCAAAGGCUCGACUGUUGGCGUCCUGCUGGAUCUGACCAAACGCACACUGACUUUCUUCAUCAACAAGGAGCAGCAUGGACCGACUUCCUUCGAGAACCUGGAAGGGGUCUUUGUACCCGCCGUCAGUCUCAACCGAAAUGUGCAGGCGACCUUACUGACGGGCCUGGACUGGCCAAAGACGAGCAACCAGUAGGGGACCCUCCCUCCGAGCCAACGAUGUCAUAUGCAGUCCGCUCCCACGCGGGCCUUUUCCCAGUCAGAUGGGAUUUACCCGUCUCCCAUUCUUAUCAAGGUGUUCGAUGUGAGACCCCGCUCCAUCAUUU